AUGAAGAAGGCCAAGCAGCAUGGCUAUGCCCCGCUGCCCAGCAACCUGCGGUCGACGUCGCCCUCCCUGGGCCCGCCGCCGGGGGUGGCGGGGGUGCUGGCCCGGCGCGGCGUGAGCCCUGCUGGCGAGGCCGCCGCGCGGCGAUUAGGCGUCAGCAAGGCCACCAAGGUGGUGGUGGCGCCCGGCCAGCCCGCGCCGCCGGGUCGCAGCCGCGACCGCUUCAUCAGCCUGCCCGACGAGCUGCAAGGCGAGGAGCAGCAGGCGGUGGAGGAGGCGCCACCCACCAUCUUUGAGGACCUGCUGGAGGAGGGGACGGGCAUGCGGGGGCGCAUCACCGUGUAUUGCGUGGCAGAGAGCAUCGACCGCAAGGCGCUGGAGCUGCGGCUGCGGGAGCGGGGAGGCGCCGCGCUGCUGCACCAGUACCCAGACGUGCUGUACGGGCUGUACGAGUCGACAAAGGACGGCGUCAUGUGCCGUGGCGAGUGCUUCUACUUCGACUAUGGCGCGGUGGCCUUUUGGAACCUGUCUGAGCGGCAGGAGCGGGAGGUCAUCCGCACGCUGCUGGGGCCCUGCCUGGUGGACUCGCUGACGCAGAACGAGAUAGAGGUGGAUGAGUUCCAGUUCCACUACAGCCUCAGCGAGAAGCCGCACAUCCAGAACGACACCAUCACAAUAAACUACCGCCUGCGCAACGACCACCUCAUCAAGCUCAGCAUCUCCCACGCGCUGGCACAGUCCGCCAAGCUGAGCGUGUACGAAGAGCGGGUGAUCGAGAUUGUGGAGAACACAAAGGACCUGCCGGAGACGCUGGCAGCCACGGGGGAGGUGGGCCUGUCGCGCAAGCAGAUAGCGCAGUUCAUUGGCCGCGUCUUCAUCCAGAAGUCGGCCGUCAACCUGCUGUCCACGGUGCUGGACACGCCAGAGUUCUUCUGGUCGGCGCCAGACUCGAUGCAAAACCUGUAUAAGCGCGUCUGCGAGUACAUGGAGUACGACACGCGCGUGGAGGUUCUCAACAACCGCUUCCAAGUGCUGCAAGAGAUGCUGGACAUGCUGCGCGACCACAGCAACAAUGCACACACGUCGCGGCUGGAGUGGGUCGUGAUCUGGCUCAUUGUCAUCGAGGUGGUGGUGGGCUUGUUUGAGUGCGCCUCCAUCCUCGGCUGGGUCGGGCACCAUGGCGGAUGA